AUGGCCACCGUCGAAAACCCCCAGGAGCAAAAGAAGCAGUUCCCCGUGCAGGACGACGACUCCUCCGAAGAGGAUUAUGACAGCGCCAAUGACUACGAAUACUCCGACGAGGAAUAUGAAGAAGAACCUGCUCCGACCAAGAAAUCCCAGCGACGACGGCGGCAACAACAGACCCAGCAGCCGAACGAGGUCGACGAGUACUCUGACGAGGAUGACUAUGACUCGGAAGAAUACGACGAUUACUCGGAUGACGAGAUCAUGCCCGGCAAGGCCAUGCAGCCCUAUCAGCAACAAAAUUCAGACCUCAAGCCGACCGGCGGCAUGAACCCGGUUCCGCAGGAGAAGAAGUCGAUUGACGACGAGGAAGGCAUGAAGUUGAAGCUGGAAUUAAACCUGGAGAUUGAGGUCGAGCUCAAAGCACGCAUCCACGGUGAUUUGACACUGGCUCUGAUGUAA